AAUGUCAAUGUCAAAAAUUUGAAAUAACCUUGCAAUGACUUGAAAAUUUUAAGUAUUCCUAUCAGUGAAUCAUAUUCGUAGAAUCAUAACAUUCAUCAUUCACCUCAAUAAUAAACAGCUGCCUCAUUAUUAUCGUUGUAAAAUUGUAUUCAAGAAUAUUCAAGAACGUCUAGAUUUCAGGCUGGUUUAUAAAUAUAAAGACUAUAUAUAGUAAUAUUUGUCUACAUUCAGUCUUUAAGACACCAGUGGUUAGUGAUACUAGUCAAUUGAAAAAGUUAUUGCCAACAAUGGAGUUACCUCAUAUAGGUCAGCACUGCAGAAAGCCAGAUUGCAACAAACUGGAUUUUUUACCAAUAAAAUGUGAUGCUUGCAAGAUGUUAUUUUGUGAUGAACAUUUCCGUUACAACACCCACAACUGCCAAAAUGCCUAUAGGAAAGACAACCAGGUACCAGUGUGUCCCUUAUGCAACAUUCCUAUCCCUGUACAAAAAGGUUUGCAUCCAGAUUAUGUUGUUGGAGUUCAUAUAGAUUCAGAUUGUCAGAGUGAUCCAGCAAAAUCAAGGCGUAAAGUAUUUACUAACAAAUGCUCAUAUAGAAGGUGUAAGAAUAAAGAGGUUAUUCCAGUCAUUUGUGAUGAGUGUAAACUUAACUUUUGCCUAAAACAUAGACAUUCUGUUGACCAUAACUGUGAAGGGAAAGUAGUAAGGCAAAGAUGGAUUUUUGAAGCACAACAGAAUGUGUCGAGAACAAUACAAGGGGAAAUAAGUGAAGAUGAAGCUUUAGCAAGAGCAUUAGCGCUUUCAAUUAAUGACAGUGUGCCUACUAGCAAAAAAAAACAGGAAGAAAUAGACUUUGCAUUGGCCAGGCAGCUACAAGCAUCAGAGGGACAAGCCACUGUUGGCAGAAACACUAGAGGUGAUAGAUGUAAUGUUUCAUGAGUUUUGUAGCAUAUUUUUCAAAAUCUUGAAUUAAAGACAAUAGGCUAUAGUAAAUCUUAAGUUUAUAUUUUUUAUGUUUGGUUGGUGUAAGUGUUAAUCGAAUUAUUUUAUUUAAAAUAUUUAAGACAUCCACAGGA